GGCGACGGCGACGGCGGCGGCGACAUGGAGAGCGGGGCCUACGGCGCGGCCAAGGCGGGCGGCUCCUUCGACCUGCGGCGCUUCCUGACGCAGCCGCAGGUGGUCGUGCGGGCUGUGUGCAUGGUCUUCGCGUUGAUAGUGUUCUCCUGCAUCUUCGGCGAGGGCUACAGCAACAAGCACGACUCCCAGCAGCUGUACUGCGUGUUCAACCACAACGAGGACGCCUGCCGCUACGGCAGCACCAUCGGGGUGCUGGCCUUCCUGGCCUGCGCCUUCUUCUUUGUGGUUGACGUCUACUUCCCCCAGAUGAGCAACGCUACUGACCGCAAGUACCUGGUCAUCAGCGACCUGCUCUUCUCAGCUCUCUGGACCUUCCUGUGGUUUGUUGGUUUCUGCUUCCUUACCAACCAGUGGGUGGCUACCAGGCCGAAUGACGUGGUGGUAGCAGCCGACUCGGCCCGCGCGGCCAUCACCUUCAGCUUCUUUUCCAUCUUCUCCUGGGGCCUGCUGGCCUUCCUGGCCUACCAGCGCUACAAGGCCGGUGUAGACGACUUCCUCCCCAACUACGUGGACCCCACCCCAGACCCCAGCACGUCCUACGCCUCCUACCCGGGCCCGACUGUGGACAACUACCAACAGCCACCGUUCACCCAGAACGCAGAGGCCACCGAGGGCUACCAGCCGCCCGUUGUGUACUGAGCGCAGCCGGGGAUGGUAAGGGGCGCAGAGGGGGUGCCUGGGGCCGCCCCUCCAUCCUGGACUCCAUCCACGAGGCUUGCCCGCCGGAGCUUCCGGCCCCUCGGUCCCGUGCGGUGCCCAUCUGUCCACACAUAGCCUGGCCUGAAGUGCCCGCGCCCAGGGCUGCCCCGACCCCUCAAGGGCAUUUUUUAGAGAAGGGUUUUUCUCCAGUUUGUCAUCGCCUCUCAUGAUCCGCAGCCCCGCCUGGUAGCCAGAAGUGCCUGACACACUGCUCUCACAAGUGCCUUAGCCUUUCCCAAACUCAGGAGCCGGGCCCCGGCCGCGGUGCCCAGUGGCUUGGGGUUCUCUGCCAAAGAGGAGGCGGGGGGCCUCCCACUGCUCUGUCACUGGUGCGGGGCUGGGCCUCCCCUUCUCACUCAGGUCUGUUGCCCGCCCCCCCCCCCCUGGCCGACGCCUGCCCCCGAGUGUGUGGCCUGCUCCCUGCUGCUGGCUCUGGGGUCACUGCCGUGCACCAGGGCCUCUGGGCCUUCUCCCUGACAGCCAUGGGGUAGGGCUGCUGUCCACCCGGGGAACACUGGGCAGCACUUCCUGCCCCAGGGCCUUCCCAUCACUCCCGCCCGCCCCCCAGCAGGGAGUGGCUUUGCCUGACAACACCCAGCUUUAUGUAAAUAGUCUGCCACUGUUCGUUGGGCGGUGUGGGGUGCACCCACAGCCCCCUCAGGUUCUGUUAUAGACUGUUUGGAGAUGGAAUAAAUGUUUUUCUCAUUCAUAA